UGAUGGAGCUGCAGCAUUAGUUGGAAGUUUGGGUGUUGUUCCUAGCGCAAAUGUUGGAGAUGGUUUUGUCAUUGGUGAACCAGUACAUGGUUCUGCACCUGAUAUCGCUGGACAGAAUAAAGCUAACCCAAUAGCAGCAAUUCGUAGUUCGGCAUUGUUAUUAGAACAUAUGGGAUAUCCUAAAGAGGCUUUGAAAAUCUAUAAAGCUGUUGAUAGUGUAUUAAGAGUUGGCGGCAAUUUUCUUACACCGGAUUUAGGUGGUAAAUCAACUACAAAUGAAUUGACUGACAAUAUUAUUAAACAGAUUUAA